CGUGUUGUCAACAUCGUCGGUGCCGAUUUGGCGUGAAAAUCGCGAAAAUUCAGCGGACCCAAAUCGCGAUUUGCUACUUAAAAUGUUCCGCAAACGGUGCUGAUCCUCGUGCGGCCAAUCCACACAGUAGGCCAUGGUUUCGGGCUACUUUUUCGAUUGAAGCUGCAUCACAAGGUCAGAUUUCCCACUUUCCAAGGAAGAAGAAGAACGUCCGUUGCCAUAAAGAGGAUCACUAGUGUGCUGUAAACAUCCUGCUGUAAAAUGCUGCCGCUUACGCAUAAGGACUCGCGAAGCUUCGGCUACCGGAUACGGGAAAAGUUUAACAACCUCACCCGGCUCAUUCUGUCCGAUCGAAACUCCCGCAAUCUGCUCCUCUUUCUGUUGCUCAACUUGAGUUUCGCCUUCGUUGAGCUAAUGUACGGCAUUUGGACGAACAGUUUAGGAUUGAUCUCGGAUUCGUUCCAUAUGUUCUUCGAUUGUACGGGCUUGUUGGCGGGACUGGCGGCAUCCAUCAUUACAAAGUGGCGCGCCAAUGAAAAGUAUUCCUAUGGCUAUGUGCGUGCCGAGGUGUUGGCCGGGUUUGUGAACAGUCUCUUCCUUCUGUUCAUCGCUUUCUUCAUCAUGUCCGAGGCAGUCGAGCGAGCGAUUGAGCCGCCAGAGGUGAAACACGAGCGAUUGUUUGUCGUUUCGGUGCUCGGAUUGCUGGUCAACUUCGUCGGUAUCUAUGCAUUCCAACACGGAGGCCACGGGCACUCGCAUGGCGGUGGUAGCCAUGGUCACUCCCAUGGUGGCAUCAGUCACGGCCAUUCCCAUGGCGGUGGCAGUAAUCAUCACAACCACGAUACGCACUCGCUACUGUCCAAUCAUAACGAUCAUGGACAUUCGCAUGGCGGUAGCAACGAUCACCACGGGCACAGCCACCACAACAGCUCGGAGAUAGUGUCGACCAACUCGCAGAUUAUGCGCGGCGUCUUUCUGCACAUCCUGGCCGAUACACUCGGUUCCGUCGGAGUCAUAAUCUCCGCCAUAUUGAUGCAAAUGUUCGGGUGGAUGCGUGCCGAUCCGAUCUGCAGUAUGUUUAUUGCGCUAACAAUAGGUCUAAGUACACUUUCGCUGAUUCGGGAAUCGGUGAUGGUGCUGAUGCAACGACAACCCGUUGCACUGGAUAGGCUACUUCCGUCGUGCUACCAGAAGGUGACGGGAUUGGCCGGCGUGUACAGUGUUCAAGAGCCACACUUCUGGACGCUCUGCACCGAUGUGUAUGUGGGUGUGAUCAAGCUGGAAGUAUCGAAGAAUGUCGAUCCCAAAUACGUCGUACAGCACACGCGCAUGAUCUUCGAAGCGAUCGGUGUUCGGCAGAUAAACAUCCAGCUCGAUUACGCCGCAAUGUGAUAGACUGGUUAGGGAAGACUGUGGUAGGCGCAAGCGAUACUACUUACCUCUACGGUACGACUGUGUCCGCUCGACCAGGGUACCGGUCAUUCAAACAAAGUGUCCGUUUUUCCGUCUGCUUUCGUCUUCAUCGCGGACUCUGCGUACUGUUUCCGUUAUCACGAAUUCCGAUUAUUUUUAAUCCUAGAAGCCCCACUAAGUGGGAAAGAAGUGAAAGGCUGGGACCCGGAGGAGGGAGAGCAAAAGUAUUUCCAACAUUUCAACCAAGUGCGCCUGCGGUGCAUCCCUAAUUUCCUGUUUGUUUUAGCUAAGCUGGUCGAUGGCAGUUUCCGUUCCGUCUCUAGAAUCAGUUAGGUCGUUCCAACAGCGCAUUUCUAGGGCGCUAGGGCAGUCGGUUGAGCAUCGGACAGAGGAUAGAUUUAAGUAAAAUAUUUGCAAACGUGCAUUGCUCGGGAGCUGUUAAAGGGGGCAUUAAAAUGUAAGAACCAUGCCACGGCAAAAGCAUCCAACGAUUUAUUGAGUUGUGCCGAGAUCGCCUGUUCCGCGAGGCAGGAGCAAAACUACGAUCAAGAGGAGGAAUCAUUAAUGUUAAAA